ACCCGGGCGUUGUGGGCGGUGCUCGCCGCGCGGCUUCUAUGGCGCACAUCACCAUCAACCAGUACCUGCAGCAGGUUUGUGAAGCCAUCGACUCGAGGGAUGGAGCGUCUUGUGCCGAGUUGGUGUCUUUUAAGCACCCUCAUGUUGCAAACCCACGGCUGCAAAUGGCCUCUCCAGAAGAGAAGUGCCAGCAAGUUUUGGAGCCCCCUUACGAUGAAAUGUUUGCAGCUCAUUUAAGGUGCACUUAUGCAGUGGGAAACCAUGACUUCAUAGAGGCCUACAAGUGCCAGACCGUGAUAGUUCAAUCAUUCUUGAGGGCGUUCCAGGCCCACAAAGAAGAAAAUUGGGCUCUGCCUGUCAUGUAUGCAGUAGCACUUGACCUUCGGGUAUUUGCCAACAACGCAGAUCAACAGUUGGUAAAGAAAGGAAAGAGCAAAGUUGGGGACAUGUUGGAGAAAGCGGCUGAACUGCUGAUGAGCUGCUUCCGCGUGUGUGCCAGCGACACUCGCGCUGGUAUAGAGGACUCUAAGAAGUGGGGGAUGCUGUUUCUGGUGAAUCAGUUAUUUAAAAUUUACUUUAAGAUCAACAAACUCCAUUUGUGUAAACCCCUAAUUAGAGCAAUCGACAGCUCAAAUCUGAAAGACGAUUACAGCACUGCACAGAGGGUCACAUACAAAUACUAUGUUGGACGCAAGGCUAUGUUUGACAGUGACUUUAAGCAAGCCGAGGAGUACCUGUCCUUUGCCUUUGAGCACUGUCACCGCUCAAGUCAGAAGAACAAGAGGAUGAUUCUGAUAUAUUUGCUUCCAGUGAAAAUGCUAUUGGGUCAUAUGCCAACCAUCGAGCUUUUGAAAAAGUAUCAUCUCAUGCAGUUUGCUGAAGUGACCAGAGCUGUAAGCGAAGGCAAUCUGCUCCUGCUGAACGAGGCUCUGGCCAAGCACGAGACCUUCUUUAUCCGCUGUGGUAUUUUCCUCAUCCUCGAGAAGCUGAAGAUCAUUACCUACAGGAAUCUCUUUAAGAAAGUGUAUUUGUUACUCAGAACACAUCAGCUGUCUCUGGAUGCUUUUCUAGUUGCCCUGAAGUUCAUGCAGGUGGAAGAUGUGGACAUUGAUGAAGUCCAGUGUAUUCUGGCUAAUUUGAUAUACAUGGGUCACAUUAAAGGCUACAUAUCGCAUCAGCACCAAAAGCUAGUUGUCAGCAAGCAAAACCCGUUCCCUCCGCUGUCCACGGUGUGUUGAGUGUAUGAACAGCCCUGAGGAUGGGGGAGCAGUCUGUUCCUUUUGAUUUUAGUCCCAGGAAUGCUGAGACUGAGUUUGAGUUGCCUGUACCUCCAUCAUUCAUAACUAAUGCCAACCUCAGAAAGACCUGGAAUUCCUUUUUCAGAAAGUGCAAAUACCUCUGCUGGCUCUGGAGCAUUUGUGAGUCUUCUGUGAAGGAGGCUUUGUGCUAAGGCAGCUAUGGUUCACUUUUCAUAACCGUGGUUCAUAGAGGCUUAUCUUUGUGACUUUUUAUAGCUUUUUCUAUAAAAAAGGCAUUCUGGAUUUAUACAGAUGUCAUAUUCUUUAUUGUA